AUGUCCGAAGCUCACCCAUCCGAAUCCCCCCCAGAUGAAACUAACAACAGUGGAUACACACCCCCGUCCCUUGCACCUCCUUCCCUCUACCCUCCCUCUAACACUGCAUCCCCGGGCACUAGUACCAGCACCACCAUCAUUGAUAAUGGUUCCUCUUCUGCCAGCAGCACUGCCAUUUCAUCCUCCACCGGCCCCUCUACUGCAGCGAUCGUGGGGAUUGUGGUGGGGAUGAUUCUUGCGGUCAUUGGUGCCGUUGCUGUUGCAUUCAUUGUCAUUAAAUGUUGCAAGAAGACUGAAGCCAUUGAGGUGGAAUACCCCUCAGCAGCAGCAGGAUAUCCAGCCAUGGGAGCAUACACAGCAGGAGAUCCGUACAAGCCUGCUGAGGCUGCCAAUGCUUGUUACCAGCCAGGUGUUGCUGAUAAGGUGUAG